CACCGAUAUUUACUUUCUAUUCCGUUAUCAUACUCAUCUGGAAAUCCCUUUACAGAUGCAUAAUUUUACUGUAACUAGCUAGCUAAAUAAUCGGGAAAGAUUAUCCUAACAAAUUGAUAAACCACUCAGAAGCCCAUUGUGUGUCCGCCAACUGACUUGUGGGACUGGAUAGGUGACCUGUGUGCCUGGUGGAUCACAGAAGAGCCCUGCUGGAGCAUCACUCCGGGGACCCUGGGAAUCUGUGGAGCUGCCAGUUGAUCCGCUGCGUUUAAGGAUAGUGGGAGGACCAGACAGACGGAGCUGGAUCAGGAGAUUUAGUCGCUCAGACAGUCUGACAGUUUUCUGCUGUGUGAUUUAGUUAAAGGGACCAACCAGCACCCCAGGAUAUGCCCCUGUUGGGUCACUAAGCCGGACUGAUGUGGUGUGCGAGCCAUGGUGACUCUGUCCCACAAGAAGUCUUUCAGUGAGGAAGACUGCGAAAAGGACAGACAAUAGACCAGAGGAACGACGUGAAGAGAGCAGGACGAACAGCAGCAGACGAGCCACUCCAGAAUGCCUGUAGAGACCCUCCGGCCCUCAGACGGGCGUCUGGCGGGGGUCCCCUUCACCUCAGCCAUGCCUUUCCGUAUCCUCAACAAGGGACCCGGCUACUUCCGGCGGCCCGCGGAGCCUGGAGCCCGUAAGCUGAGCGCGGUGGAGCGUCUGGAGGCGGACAAGGCCAAGUAUGUGAAGAGCCAGCAGGUGGUGCUCACCAGGCAGGAGCCUGUCAAACCACCCAUCAUCCGCAAGCCUCUGCUGUCCCCGGGCAUGAUGCUGCAGUGUCGGAUCAACGCCCCCCCGGCCCGCAAGGCUCCCCGGCGGCCUGCCGACUCAGAGAACGGAGGAGGGACAGGAGGGAUAGGGUGGCGGAGGGGACCACCUCUUAACCUGGAGAUCCUCAACAACCUCAUCAACAAUGUGUGUGAUGCACCCCUUCUCUGCUCCCCAUCUUCCGUCCCCUCCUCGCCAUACACCUCCUCUCCUUCAUCUGGGGGGAACAGCAUGGAGAAGGGUCUCUCAGCUGACCGGGAGAGGAGCAAUCGAGUCCUGAGCAACCUUAAACCUGUUAAUAACUGCAACACCUCCUCCUCCACCACCUCCUCUUCUUCCACCUCCUCUCCCCUUAACAACAACAACAGCCAGACCUGCCCUGACGAGCCCAGCCACCGGCCACCCCCUGUCCCAGCACGGGGCAUCAGGGUGGGGGUGCCAGCGCCCUACAGCUCUCCUAACUCCGUGACGGUGCGCAGGGUGGAUGUGAGGCCCCAGGCUGAGCCGAGGAAGCCCCAGAGGACCCAGUUUCAGCCUCAGAUCAAGCCCAGACAAACUUCCCAGCCCCAGGUGGCUCAGCUCCAGGCCCCAUCACCACCACCCUCACAGCAGGCCAAGCCCCAGCCUCUCACCCCCACCCAGGCUUUGCCCUCUCCCCCAACCUGCCUGCCUCCCAGCCCCAUGCUGAUCCGGGCCGGCAUGAUGCCCCCAGCCUCCCCUGCUUUCACCCGCCUGUCCUCAGCCAGCUCCAGGGGGUCUCGGCCCGGCUUGGCCCGGAAACACCCCUCCCUACACCGCUCCAAGUCUGACCUGAGCGACCGGUACUCACGAGCCACAGCCGACCUGGAGCGCUUCUUCAACUACUGUGGGCUGCACCCAGAGGAGGUAGAGGGCAUGGGGGGAGUGGAGCGCUUCGCCAGGGCCAGCUCAGACAUUGUGUCUGUGUCCAAGCUGCGCAGCGCCAGCACCCCCAGCUCUGAGUGUGAGCAGGCGCGGGAACAAGGGGAGAUGGAGAGCGAGGAGGGUCCUGCCCGGCCCGGGGAGCGUGUCCCCUACGGAAUCUCAAUCAUCGAGAGGAACGCUCGUGUCAUCAAGUGGCUGUACGGGAUCCGGCAGGCGCGGGACGCUGUGUCCAACGUUUAGAGGAAAGAGACAGGAGGGGGAGGCUCUGGAAUGAUACCCAGGCUUAGAGGAAAGAGACAGGAGGGGGAGGCUCUGGAAUGAUACCCAGGACUAGAGGUUAGAGACAGGAGGGGAGGCUCUGGAAUGAUACCCAGGCUUAGAGGAAAGAGACAGGAGGGGGAGGCUCUGGAAUGAUACCCAGGCCUAGAGGUUAGAGACAGGAGGGGGAGGCUCUGGAAUGAUACCCAGGCUUAGAGGAAAGAGACAGGAGGGGGAGGCUCUGGAAUGAUACCCAGGACUAGAGGUUAGAGACAGGAGGGGGAGGCUCUGGAAUGAUACCCAGGACUAGAGGAAAGAGACAGGAGGGGGAGGCUCUGGAAUGAUACCCAGGACUAGAGGUUAGAGACAGGAGGGGGAUGCUCUGGAAUGAUACCCAGGACUAGAGGAAAGAGACAGGAGGGGAGGCUCUGGAAUGAUACCCAGGACUAGAGGAAAGAGACAGGAGGGGGAGGCUCUGGAAUGAUACCCAGGCCUAGAGGUUAGAGACACGAGGGGGAGGCUCUGGAAUGAUACCCAGGACUAGAGGAAAGAGACAGGAGGGGGAGGCUCUGGAAUGAUACCCAGGCCUAGAGGUUAGAGACACGAGGGGGAGGCUCUGGAAUGAUACCCAGGACUAACACAGGUUGUUUUUUAUUUAUUGAUAAAUCCCACAGACCAUUGAGGGGUACAUAUUUUCUAGGAGGACAUUGUCAUUCUGUAUUGUGUUGCCUUACGGCAUGUAUAGUAUAAUUUCUUAGAAGAGAUGAAGGACCAGAAAUCACACUCCUCUCUAAACAAAUAUUCAAAGCAAUAAUGGCAGUGGUAGAAAUGACUGAAUGCUGAGGAUGAUGGUGAUGUUGACCAGAUGCUGUGGUUCCUGCUGUCACUGUCUGUCUGAAAUACAGGUACUUUGGAGGCUGUGUUUAGACUCCAGGGCCCCGUUCUCUCUGCACAGGGGUCCAGGGCCCUGUUCUGUCUGCACAGGGGUCCAGGGCCCUGUUCUGUCUACACAGGGGUCCAGGGCCCUGUUCUGUCUGCACAGGGGUCCAGGGCCCUGUUCUGUCUGCACAGGGGUCCAGGGCCCUGUUCUGUCUACACAGGGGUCCAGGCCCUGUUCUGUCUGCACAGGGGUCCAGGCCCUGUUCUGUCUGCACAGGGGUCCAGGCCCUGUUCUGUCUGCACAGGGGUCCAGACCCUGUUCUGUCUGCACAGGGGUCCAGGCCCUGUUCUGUCUGCACAGGGGUCCAGGCCCUGUUCUGUCUGCACAGGGGUCCAGGCCCUGUU